UUAGGUUAUGUCCUACGUUUACAAACAUUUCUUGUAAUUAACAAAAAGCUCAAAGUAGUGACAUUAUAAAUAUGUCGUCCGAAUCGGAAGAGGAAACUUUUUGUUUCUAUGGGAAACCUUUAGAACAGUACGACGAAGAUGCUUUUCCAAAAAAGAGGCCGAUUCCUAUUGAAGAACAGGUGGCAAAAGAUGCGCAAGGCCGCCGGCGGUUUCACGGUGCCUUCACUGGCGGCUUUUCUGCGGGUUUCUUCAACACUGUAGGCUCCCUAGAGGGGUGGACACCUUCCGAGUUCAAGAGUAGUAGGCAGGAAAAGGCCCAAAAUUAUCUGCAGCGACCGGAAGAUUUUAUGGAUGAUGAGGACAUGGGUGAACAUGGAUUCGCUCCACAAACUGUCAAGGCCACCAGUGAUUAUUCCACCAGUAAAAAACGACACAGAAAGGCAUUUUCUGAUGGUCCAAUUCCUGGUGAACCAGUCCUUCAUACAUUACUAACAAGUGGGAAUGAAACUAUUGGUUAUUUAUUAUUGAAAAACAUAGGAAUCCAAAGCAAACUAAAAAGGCAAGAUGAUGAUUCAGCAACAAGAACUUAUGGUUGUGAAAUACCAAAAAAUGUGGACUUACCUGAAGAAUUGAAUGUUAAACAAUAUGAGAUUCCAAGUAUUUAUAAAGAAUUUUUGGACAAACCAAAGGCAAAUACUUUUGGUUUGGGUUAUGAAGGUUUGGACAGAUCUCACGUCAAUUUAUUUCAAAGCAGUAACUUCGUGGUACGAGGUAAAAACAACGAAAAGUUGACGAUUAGCGGGAAAGCUUUCGGAGUCGGAGCUUUCGAAGAAGAAGAUGAGGACAUCUAUAUGAAAGAAGAUAUGAGCCAAUACGACUUUGAACUGACACGAGAAAAGAAACUGCAAAAAAAAUCUGAAGUUAACAACUUAGUUUUUGGCAUGUUUACAAAAUCACAAGCACCUUUGGUGGCAAAAGAAAUUUUUCCGCCACCGAAAAUUCCGCACAGUUUCACAGGAAAACACAAAGUUAAGCGAUCAAGAUUCGAACCAUUACCCGAACCAGCGCCAGUCGAAAGAUCCGAAAUGAAUCCGGAAAUAAGAGCUAGAUGUUUGGGCGAAACAGAUAGAUCUUAUACGGCGUCCAAACCUAUUAUAGAAAAGCCGAAAAUCGAACCGAAACCCGCGGAAGAACCACCGCCAAAAAAACAAUAUGAUCUGGCGGCAACGUUGGCGAUGGACAGGUUCGUGUCUGCGAGCAAACCGGAGGACACUAACGACAUUCUUGCGCCUGUCGAAAAAAUGGAAUCGGAACACGGGACGAAGGAUUUAAGAGAAGCAGCAAGGAUGAAAAUGUUCGGUCCGUUGACUAGGAUUACGACGGACUGGCAUCCCUCCCCCGUUCUUUGUAAGCGGUUUAACAUUCCAGAACCCAAUUUUGACAAGUCUGGGCUGAACAAAGAGAAGAAGAGGACCAGGAAUUUAAUUUUCGAAUACCAGAAACAUGAUGAACAAGAUCAGAGUGUUUUUAAACCUGGAGUGUCUAACAUGAAAAACGAGACUGCAAUAAAAGAUGAAGAAAUAGAAACGACAACUGAAAAUAAUAUAAACACAGUCAGUGAUACCCCAAUUUUGGAAAUUAAAGUUGAAGAUACCUCCUCAAAACCUCCAGAUAAAGCGCCUGUUGAUAUAACAGAUCGGCUGGACGUUGACAAAAACACCGAUUUGUUCAAAUCAAUAUUUUUAAGCAGUGAUUCUGAGAGUGAAGCAGAUGAAACAACAGAAGUGGAGGAUAAAAACCGAGAAGAAGAGUUGAAGACGAACGUUUUAUCGGAACAAUUAUUGCCUAAAAUUAAACCCUUGAAGGAAGGAAUACUGUCGAAUUUGCCCAAAUUUACGUUUACUAAACCCGAAAAGAAAAACGAAGAAGAUAGAUCGAAGAAAUUGGAAACACAAGUUGACUCUUACGGCCCGAAAUUACCGGAAAAAUUGCCACCCACAAAACCGACAGAAGUCGUAAUUUCUAGUGAUGAAGACGAAUGGGUUGAGAGAGGAAAGGAGAAAAAGAAAAGGAGUAAACACAAAAAGGAAAAGAAGCACAAGAAAGAGAAGCACAAAAAGAAACACAAGAAGGAUAAACAUUAGAAACGGCUAAUCUGUGAUAUUAAUUUAAAUAGUAUAUUAUGAAAUUGAUUAAUUAUGAUUAAGUUACUGUUUGUUAUUUCCAUUUUUUCCAUUUCCGAAAUAAAGUUUGCAAAUAGAA